UCAGUGUCAACUGUGCAAUGCCAAUUUAUUUUAGGAAGAAUGAUUGAUCAGUCUAAGUCAGAAUUUUGUAAUUCCACCCAUUUAUAGAGAGCUACUAAUAGAUUUAUUCUAAUGGGAUUCUUGGAAUCUUCACAUUCAUUUUACUUUACUAUCAAAUAGUCCAAAAUACCAAGAUUUCUCUUCUGCCGUUGGCACAUUGGCCAUCUGCGCAGUCCCCAGUGACCUAAAUUUUUCUUGGGUAUAAAGAUACUUCCCUUCUUCAACAUGCUUCUUUUCCAGCAAUCCUACCUGAACCCAAUCGCCUGUCGUUUAAUCACUAAAGCUCACUUCUACCCACAUCGCAGGCUAUUCGUCUCUCACUCUCCGACUGACCCCAGUCCUAUCACCAAAACUCCCUUAUCCAUCUUCACCCGAACCUCUUCCACCCACCCCUUAAUCCUCACGAGGUGUAAAACCCCAAAUAGUAGCCCAUUCCCCAUUAUUUCAGAAAAUGAUUCUACUAAAUUAUUCAAACCUCAACAAGUAAAAGAAGAAAUCCAAGAUAGGACUUUCUGGGGUGCAGUCAGUCUGAUUAUAGGAACUGCCGUUGGACCUGGAAUGCUGGGUCUGCCCUCUGCAACCAUAAGAUCAGGUCCACUUCCAUCAACCAUUACCAUACUCCUGUCAUGGGUUUAUGUUGUUUCGUCAAUCCUCCUAGUUGCGGAGCUAAGCUUUGGAAUAAUGGAAGAAGAUGUGGUUGGAGAGGUAAGCUUCACUAGCCUUGCAACUAAAACACUGGGAAAUAAUCUUGGCACGUUUGUUGCUGUAGUCUAUGCCUGCCUGAGCUUUUCUCUCUUGGUUGCCUGUGUCUCCGGCAUUGGCUCCCUCAUUAUUCAGUGGUUUCCUUGGAUGAAUCCUGUGAUUACUCAUGCCUUCUUUCCUUGUAUUGUUGCAAGUGUAGUUGGAUUUUUCCCAUUUAAGGCCAUUGAUGCAGCCAACAGAUUCUUGUGCUUCAUUAUGCUUUUGUCCAUAUCUGUACUUGUUUUUACUGGUUUAUCACUAGGAAGAUCCAGCCUUCUGAGUUCUUUCGCUUAUGCUUCAUGGGUUCCAUCUGCAAUCCUGCCUGCCAUACCUGUUACUGUACUUACGUUGGGGUUCCAUGUAAUAACCCCAUUUAUAUGUAAGAUUAUUAAGAAAAUGAUGGAUGCUCGCAAGGCAAUACUAUUAGGUGGAGCAGUUCCCCUGAUCAUGGUACUAUCAUGGAAUUUGGUUGUUUUGGGCCUUGUAGGUACUAAAGCUGAUUACUCUCAAGAUCCUAUUUCACUCUUGCUCUCUGUAAAUCCCUCAGCUCUUCCUGCAGUUCAAGGUUUUGCAUUCUCUGCGUUGGCAACAAGUUUGAUAGGGUACACAGUUAGCUUCCCCAAACAGCUUUUGGAUACAUUGGAGUUGAUUAAGGGGAGAACUGAAUCUAGACAACUUAAGUGUGCUUCAGAGGCUUCUAAUGAUGGUGGAAUGGGAAAAGUUGGUUUUGCUGUCUAUUCAAGAGGGUGCAACCUUGGGACUCCAGGGCAGGUUUCCUUUAUUGGAUCAAGAUGCAUUUCUGGUUCAAAAUCUAGACAAUCCUCGACGGGUGAAGGCUUCAGUUCAGCUAAAUUCUUUGUAAUGCUGUUUGUACUUGGCAUUCCAGUCUUCCUAGCUUCUUUCUUCAAUACAGCUUUCUCUAAAGCUCUUGACUUUGCUGGCAUUUAUGCAAAUUGCUUUCUGUUUGGUAUCCUACCUCCGGUGAUGACUUGGAUUUAUCGAUCCAGGAAGAAAAACAGAUCAUCGACUUCUGAGGUUGCUAACAUCCUACCUGGGGGAGAUGGUGCUCUUCUGCUACUCUUUGGCAUUUCUAUCAUAUUGGCUGUUUGGCAUUAAAUGGAUGGCAGCCAUAAGGUUUAAUAGCAAAACAGGGUUCCAUGAACAAAUUCAAGACCAAUGAGAUGAUCCCUCAUCAAAGAAUGGUCCACAUCAGAUUGAGAAGUAAGACCGUAAACCAGAAAGCAGAGUGCCUUGUCGGGAAGAUCCCUCCAUGGAGAUGCAGCAGCUUACUCAAGAUUAGCAAGCUAUAACCGAGAGAUUUGAGGUGGUGUAUAGGCAUACAUGGCGUGAAGGAAACCAAGCUGAGGAUUGUCUCGCAAACAAAGGAUUUAAGAUAUAUUAACAUCAUUGAGGACUCAUGUGGGACCUUAGUUUCAUUAUUCUUAUGGAAUAUGAACUCUUGGGGUCGGGCUUUGGGCUUUGCAUAGAGUUGAAUUUCCUUCUUAAUUGGGCAUGGACCACUCUUUGACAUGGGAUUUAUCAUAUUGGUUAGUAUGACGGAACACUCGUACAGGUUUAUGAGACAAAGUGAACUCAAGGCACCUCUGCUCAGGUCCAGGUGGUUUGGUUGGUGUGGUAACACGCACAGGUGGGUUUGCCAUUGGGAGAAUUCAAGUAUUCAACGUUGUUUUUGUAGGCAAAUAUGCUACACAAUUGGGGUAGUCAAUGGAAAACUUAUUUAUUU